UAGACCUAGCUGUGACUUGUACGAUGAACUUCCCGGUGGCCUUCGUCCUUAUCGCGCUUGUCGUUGGGCUGCAGCAGCUGUCUCCGGCGGAAGGCCAAUAUACAGGUCCAACACUGGCCUGCGGCGGUACGUCCUUGGUAAAGUCGACCACACUGCUUGCACCGAACAACAUUGCUGCAACCGGGCUAACGUGCGUCUAUACCAUCCGGUCGCUCAAUCUGCGCAUCUGUCAGCUUCGAUUGGAUUUCAACUCGUUCAGUCUUGCCCAGCCAACGCUCGAUCCGUACCCGAGAUGCAUCAACGAUGUGUUUUCGGUGGAAAACUUAAACUUCAAUUUAUGCGGUGAAAAUAGUGGCCAGCACGUGUAUGUACCGUUCAACCCUACCAACGCCGAUCGUACGAUGACGAUCACCUUCAACAUUGCCAGUCGAUCGCAGAUCCCAACCCUAGCCAACCCACACUGGAGCAUCCGGGUGCAACAGCUCGAGUGUCCAUCCGGAAUGACAGCCGCGGCCAAGGAUGCUAGCCGCCAGCUAGACACGCCAGAAAUGCUUCCACUCGUUGCUCGUACACUGCAUCCCGACAUUGGUCUUCUUGCACCGACCGGUUGUCUGCAGUACUUCUCCGACAGCACCGGCACGGUCGAAUCGUUCAACCUUGGUUCCGGUGCGGGUCCUUAUCUGGGCGGGAUGAACUAUGCCAUCUGCUUCCACCGUCCACGCAACAGCCAUGUGUUGCGUCUCAUACCGACCACGUUCGAGAUCGCUUCGUCUGCCACGCCGACCGCCGAAAAUCCGGGAAUGGAUGAGCUGUGUUACUCGAGCAUUUCCGUAACGGCACGGUCCGAAGACAAUCUACACAUUCCGAACGCCGUAGCUCGAUUGCCCUCAUUGCCGAUCCUAAGAGCCAGUCGGUUCUGCGGUAAUAGCAUAAGCAAUGGAGAAGUGGAUGUUUCCGGACCAGGUCCCUUCAUGAUUUACUUCACCAGCGAUCAGCUGUUCGAUCCGUUCCGCCGUGAGACAGGUUUCCGGCUACAGUAUCUUAUCAUGUAA